CGUUCAAAAAUUUCCUUCAAUUCAACAAUUCAAAGCAAUGCUCAGUCUUGGUGAAUUUCCUGCACAGUACAAAUUCUUCCGCAGCGCCAAUCUUCUCCGAGCCCCUCAAACCUGAUUCCAUUUACCCUCAAUCGGAGUGACCCGACCCGGUUCCUUCUCUCUUCCACGGCAGUUGAAAACUAGGGUUUUCUCACUCGCGUCGAGCAAUCAAAAGAGGGCCGCCAAAUCUCCGACUGAAAUAGACAGUGUCGACGGUGCUGAUGAUUCCGAUGACGAGGACGACGGCGACGUGUUUCUUCCUCUGAGGGAUAGUAUGAAGAUAUUGCAUGAGAAGAAACCGCGGGGAUUUGGAGAAGGAGAAGUGUACGACACUUCGAUUGAAGAUAAGCUGAUGGAAGAGAUUGAGCAGAGCAGGAGAGCUCAGCUUGUUAACCUCAACAAGCUCAAGAACAGUCCACCUCCAAAUCCUGCCUCAAAUAAGAAACAGAUCCACCAAGAAGAAGGAGCAUCAGAACAUGUUCGUGUGUGCCUGAUCAACAUUCCUAAGAAAAGGAAUGUCGACAGAGAUUUACGAUCGGCUUUCAAAGAGUUUCCUGGAAUGGUUAAGAUAAACCCAGUUGUUUCUGGAAAAGCUAAGACCAGGGACCCUACCUGCAAAGGCAUCGCUUUCAUUGAUUUCAAGUCUGAAGAUAGAGCACACAGAUUUGUACAGACAUUCUCAGGGAAGAGCAUAGGGUUCGGUAAGGUCCAGAAACAUAUCAAAUGUGUGAUGAUGAAUUCCAACCCUGUGAAAUCCAAGAACGUGCAGUUUCCCAAUGAAACUCGCCAUUGCUCUGAUCUCGCGGAAGCUGAUUGGGAUGGAGAAGUUUCUGGAAUGUUUGAGGGGAUCACUAACGCGGGCGAUGAGGAAGGGGUUGGAGGAAGUAAUUCAUCAUCCUUCUCUGCAGUUCAGAAGAAAACAGAAGUAAAUGAGAAGAAGAAGAAAGCUGAAAGAGGAAAGAAAGGCAAGUCAUCAUCAGGAAAUUCAAACAUUCUUGGAUCUGCUAAGAGAUAAUGAAUCCUAAUGAUUGUCUGUCCCUGAACUUAGUUACCUUAACAAAUGUUUCGUUUGCAAGAAGUCACUGUGCACACGUUAGAAAUGACUCUUUUUAUAUUAAUCUCAGGCUGAAGAUCAGGGAGAAAGUGCAACUUACGGGAGCUCUCGCCAAAUAUGGUUUGAAGUAACACUGUAAUAGACCUGAUCCGAACCAACCCUUCCAUCUCCUUCAUUUGCACUCUGUAUAUCAAUAUCAUAUUGGACUAUGUAUUUCUCUAUAAAUUUGCACUCUGUAUUAAUCAACACAAAUUAUUUGCAUCUGAUUAAAUAACUUUAGUUGUUAGAGAAAUAAUUAUUUGUACCGAUU